AUGUAUGACGAAAAGUAUCAGCUGAAUUUCCCCAAUUCCAACUACUUAUCGAACCUAAAUAACUUGAAUGGAACGAAUCAAAGUAUACACUUGAACAGGCUACCCACCUUGGGCGAGAUCCUAGCCAACAAGUCAAAGUCGCCAGUAGACUUGUUUACAUUUUACCAGUUUAUGAAGGAUGUCGAAGGAAAAGUCGACUACUUGGAUUUCUGGUUCGACUUGAUCAACCACUUGAACUUGUGUAAACACUAUGUCAAAGGCUUGAGAGACUCGAUAGUACGGCAAUCAGGCACUUUUAGCCACCACAAUAACAACCGUUUGAGCCAGAGCCACCAAAGCGGUGCUUACACUAAUGAUACAUUGGAUUUGCAACAACAGUCACAACAGUCACAACAGUCACAACAACAACCACAGGCACAACAACAACAGUCACAACAACAGUCACAGCAACGGUUUUCAGCGCCAAGAAAUGCAAUGCAUCGCAGCUCCGACUCACCAAGUAUCCCCUCAAAUAGACAAAGUUCAGGAGCCAGACCAAUAUCAGAGACAUCUCAAAAACACAAGUCGCUAAGCUCAUCCAUCUUGCUAGAUCUCAUUAUCAAUGACAAUAUCUUGGAGGAAAACGAUUCACACAGAUUAUCUGCAUUCUUGAGAGGUGACAUUAGCUUGGACAAUAUCGAUCCAAAACUAAAAGAGUUGAUUGAACAAUACAAUGCCGAGACCGAUGCCGAAAAUAGAUACUCAAAUGAGCCACUUCAAAGUCCACUCUCACCUGCGUUUCAAACAAGUGCUAGGUCUUCUGCUAGUCUAGGGUCGAGAUCAAACAACCCCUUUUUACCACAACAACCACUGCCAAAGCUAAAGCAUCUGCAACGACAAGAGAAACGAGUCAGCUCACAAUCCCACUUGAUUGACCAAUACAAUGACGACGACUUUCUCGAUCGCGACCAUGACCAUGACCAUGACCACGAAGACGAUGAUAGCAGUGUUGACUUGCACCCACACUCUGGCGACUCUUUAUAUGACAACCAAUUGGAUAUCGGCCAAGCAGAUCGUGCAGUACAUGCAUCUAAAUAUGUUUCACUAAACAGCAACAGCAACAACAACAACAAUAACAACAAUAACAACUUUAAUGCUAAUGCUAAUGCUAAUACGGACACUAAUCACCAGCAACAGAUACAUAAUAUGCAAAACACACAACCUCUCGCACAACCACCCAAUAUGUUUGGAGAUACAGGAAACUUGGUGUACCCGCAACCCAAAAACAAAAGAGCAUCGGUUAUCAAUCCAUCGCUUUUGGAAAGACUUAUCAGGGAUUCUCCAGCUAUGUCCAAUAAAGCCUCGUCAUUUGUCACUCGUGAUAACUUGAGAGGAUCAUCACACAAUUUACUUCUCAAGUACUUUGUCGAGGACUCGGAAAAGAACCUCAACUUGCCACCACAAUUGAAUUCAUACAUCAUUAAACUGAUUGAAGUUGAUGGACGUGAUGACCCAGAUAUUUUCAAUUAUGUCAAGACAUUUGUCUUUAACAAAUUGGAGAAUGACCAUUUGCCAAAAUUUCUCGACUUUACUGCUACACGAAAUAUCAACCACUCCAACUUUGGAAGAAUCAUUACAGGCUUUUUUUUCCUCUUUGGCGCAUUUUGGAUUAGCUUUAUAUUUGUAUUCUUGAAUUACAGAAAAGGCUUACGUCCAGUUAUAGUUGCACCUUUUUUCAUUGCAUUUUAUUUCAUCAUAUCCUCGAUUUACUUGGUCGACCCCAUUUUAGCAUGGUUGGGACUACUGGAGACAUUUUCCAAAAGCAAUGGCAAAUCAAUAUUGAGGAUUGAAGAGAAAUUCAUCUACAAAUUCAUUGUCAAGAGAAGUUUGUGGGUGAUGUUUUUGAUCUUGGUAAUGACCGCUAUAUUCACCGUUUUGUUUAGUCUCGUUCCAGGUCACCGACUAUAA